AUGGUCGCCUUUGCCGCCGAGGCACGACACAAUCAGAUUAUCGGCGAAUUGGGAGCAGAACAUCAGGAGCAGCUCCGUGCAAUGUACAAUAGUGGGCUUGCAGAGGUGAACAAGUUGAGGAACGAAUUAGGCAAUGCUAACAUUGCGUUGUCGAUUCAGAGGUCUGAAAUGGGUCAAGGUGAAGUUCGUUUCCAGCAAACCGAAAGCGCGAGGGAACUCGCUGUCAUUGAAGCCAACCGGCAAGCGGAAGCUGCCCGUAGAGCUUUAGAGGAAGCCAACAGCAAUGCCAGGCGCCUUCGCGAAGUGGAAACUUCUGCCCGUCAGAAUGAUGCAAUGCGAUCCCAUGAGGUCGCUGACAUGUCAUCUCGGAUGGAUGAACUGAUGAGGCAGCUUCACGCCCAGCGUCAGCAGACUGAGGUAUUGAUUCAGCAGAAUAGCGCAUUAAGCUCCAGGGUUCGAGAUUUCGAAGCUAGAGAUGCUGCUUUGAGGAUUCAAGAGGGAAUUCCACAAGGGCCUCCACCCGGCAUUCCCGUACAUCCCAUUUCCACCCCGAAGCACGGAGGUGACACUCCUACGGAACAGGCGACGGACGCCGGGAGGCGAACCCCUCCAGAUGGCUCCAGCCCAGGUGGCGGUGGUGGUGGCGGUGGGCCUGAUGGCAACGGCCCCAGUGGAGGCGAUGAUGAUCAUGAUCGUCGCAGUCGGAAGUCCAAGAAGGAUAAGAAGCAUAAGAAGAAGAAGUCGCGCAGGUACUUGAAGUCCUUCGGUGGGGAACCUCCUAGACCCAGUCAACAGGAUGUCAAAGAUGCACUGACGACUGCCAGGAUGCUUAAAGCAACUCUGGAUGCAUAUGGUUCCGGGAUAAGGGCUAAGUGCGGUUAUGAAUGUGACACGGAAUUCGGUUGCGACAAGUGCAUUCCGAAACACAUUGAAGCUACCUGUGUUGCAGCUACCAAAGCGGAAGCCCAGCAGCUCGACAUCGAGUGGAUCGCGGAUACCGGCAGCGCCCAGGACCUGGUUUCACAGGGGGAUCUCGGAUCUUUGAGAAGCCAUCGUUCCCAAAACCCUAUCGGUAUUGUGACGGCUAACGGGCCUAGCACUGCUGAGAUUCAGUCCAACAUCGCAGAUUACGUCCCCUACCUCAAAUCGUGGAAGGAAGGUGUGGCGGUAACUGCGAGGCGGAAGCCCCAGCCCAAUGAGGACCAUAAGAAUGAUCUGGUUCUUUCGCUUGAAGAGGCUGAGGGAUAUGCAAGGGAAAUUCGGAUCAACGGCGACUUUCGUCUGGGAUCAUGUUACAAACUUUUGAAAUUGACACCAUUCAAGUCUACAGGGAAUUCGAGGAGAAUGAAAGCUACUGAGAACGACGACUCGGUUGAAGACGAAGUUGGCAGGGACUACAUAAUCAUCGGCGCUUGGAUUUUCAGCGGGAUGACCGGGAUCACAAAUUCUGUAGAUCGUCAUGCUCAGCUGACCAAGUACCUGAUCGCCUUCAUGAAGUCAAGAGGGUUGAAAGAUACCUUUACGUCCAUCUGCAUCAACCAUGGUGGCAAUCGCCGGGCACAGCCUUGGACAGGUGAUCGAUGGACCAUCACUGCAUACACGAUUCGGGAUGUAGACGGUUUGAGCUGGGAACAGUCAAGGUCGCUAAUGUCGCUUGGGUUUCAGUUGAAUUCAUCAAGACGAUUACCUUUUGUUCCAUCAUUGAUUACCGGCGACAGCGAUGAAGAGCUCACACUUUACGACUUCGUGAAGAAGAAGAAGGCCGAAGCCGAGAAAGAUAAGGUUCCUGAACCAGCUCCUCCCUUGAUGAAGAGUAAGGCUAAGUCUAAGCCCAGCAAGCCUGAUGCCGGGCGGAAGCCUGAGCCCGAGCCUGAGAAGGGUGCAGACAUGUCUGAUCUUUUUGAUAUUGAGGAGCAUUUUGAUGAAGCCGGGGAGUUGAAAAGUGCCGAGGAUCAGCCACCUCCUCCUCCUGAUUAUACGGAGUACUUUCCUGAUGAAGGUGUUAUUGUUCGCCAUCAUAUGCAGCCUCGCAAAGCUAAGUAUGCUGUUAGCGCUGCGGAAGCAGACGUCUUGAACAUCGGCGAUCUGCGGUUGACCGAGCGUCAGCUUCUUGGAAGUACUUCUGCAGAAGAACAAUGGGAUGAUGGUUUCCGGGGUGGUAAGGCUUCGGGACUUUGGACGGGAACCACUUAUUUGUUUGAUCGUGGUAUUGACAAGCAUCAUGCCGUGGCUGCUGUUAAGCGCAUUCGUGACAAGAACACAGCUAAAAAGGAAGCUAGGAAACAGGCUUUCUAUGACAUCAGCCAGUUGUCUAGUGGUACCGGAUGCAUGAAACAACCCGUCAACAUCAUCGAGUAUGACAUGAAGUCUUUUCUUGAACAAGCUGUACAAAAGUACAAAGACCUUGCUGGCCCCAAGUACCACACCCUCAAAUCGGCCUCUACUCCAUUCGCCGACGAGAAGAUCGCGAGGCCCAUCGAUGAUGAGGCCGAGGCAAAGGGAUGGCUCGUUAUGAUCUUUUGCGGGCUGUUCAGGGAUUGGCUAGCAGAGUUACCAAGUGGUCUGCUGAAUGUGCCUGCUUCGCCAAUCGUCGUGCCGGACAACCUCGGGAAGAGGAUCGAGCCCGAGAACAACGGGGUUCUCAUUGAAUGGGGACAUGAUCCGUCGUUCUCUCUGCUCGGAAGGGCAGACGAUAGUGGUAGCGGUAGCCCAUCUGUCGUUCGGGUCACUCAUAGCAUGGACCUUAACAGUACUCAGACGAGUAGGGACUUGCUCAAGGUUGCCAAAGGCUAUGCCAAGUCGAAUGUUCCCGUUACCGUUUGGGUUGACCUGCGCUUUGCGGGGGGUCCUGAUGACCGCAAACACUUUGGCAAGCUAUGGUCUUCUUUCGUCAACUUAAGCACCGGAUUGGAUUUGAAUAACUGUCGUUACGUCGUGAUUGCUCCCUGGGAUCAUUUCUCAUGGAAGAUGGAUCGAGUUAUCAAGUGGUGUUCCAAUCAUGAGUGUACGAGUUUUGAACUUCUUGAUGGCGAAAGAUCAGGCAGUUUAGGUCAUUGGAGAUUGCAUACUUCCUACAAGAAUUUGCCAAUUGAUGUGAUGAACAAUUUUCAUGGCUGUAAGCUCAAGAACAUUUCAGAGCCACAAUUUCCUGUUCGACAAGCUGCUGUUGCGGUACAAGUUACUCUGAGCGAAGAUCCUAUAGGAAGCGCAGCAGUGAUGGCAUCCUCUUUGCCCACCGUUUCUCUGGAGGAGCGUCGCCGACGCAUCGAGGCUUUCCGCAGGGCUCUUAAGGACCCUGAUUGCCUCGCGGAAGCGAUGGCCUUUGAGGAACCGGCAUAUUUUAAGGAUGCCUAUGGCGUCGUGAAGGAGGCGUACCAGUACAUGCUGGUGGAGCCUGUGGAGUCUGAUCCGCCAGAGGCCAUUUUCCUCGGCCGUAUCCGAAACGGCGAGUGGAUUGGUCUGCGGAAGCAGUACCCCUACGCAGGCUUCCCCCUCCUGUACGAGAUGUGGCACCGCCAUUUCAACAGCCCGGCACAUCAGGGAAUGCCGAUUGAGGGCUUCGAGCUCCACGGCGAUUCCCUCCUGACGGAGUGGACAGAACUUGUCAAGGCUUAUCUCCGCGACCUGGCUUAUGUGGGGCAUGCCACAAACGCCGAACGGGCUCUCAAGGCCACUGAGCCGUUUGAUGUCUGUCACAGAGCGUAUGUGCUAUCCCAGGAAACCCUGGGCUACCACGAACUAAUGCCAGCUGCCACGGCGUUGCUAGACUCGGUGUAUACUCCAGCCCUUCGCAGAAUCGAACAUCAAGAGCAACCAAGCUCGUAUUUCAUUAUCGGAGGAGAUAGCUCUCUCGCCUUGGUGACCCGCGGCGACGGUGGACGCGUCCUGAUGAAAGGGACGAUGGAACCGUCACUCCGGGAGGAGAUGACCAAGGACCUCCGCAUGGAUGGAUGCUCGGUCGUCAUGCGCUGGGGAAAAGGACUUGGAGACAUCGUGUGGCACGUGGAACAAGAGCUCAACCGAGUCCAGAAGUGGAAGAACGGCCAGGAACCGCUCGCACCGGAAGGUGUCGACAUUAUCAUUCAAUGGGGUGGUAAUGACGUCUAUGGCGAGUACGGUUACAAAGGCUUUUCCUUCCACAUGCGCAAUGCGUGGGUUCGUGUUGAUGAUGCAUUGCAUGACACCCUUUCCAAUUGGGAGACCAAGGCACGCAAAGCCGUCGAGGACGCGAAAGAUGCCCUGGUUCGUCUCUCAUCUUGGAAGGGAGUAUCCUCUGUCACGCUGGUGGCUGGCCCCCACAACGGGGAAUUCUAUGGUCUCCCGGAGGUCUAUGACCUGGAGAUGGCACGCCAUUCCGACGAGGUGAAAGAGCGAGGGAUCCGCAUUGUCGAUCCCCAGGCCCACAUCCUUGCUACAGAGCGCUACGAUGGGUUUCACAUGGAGGCUACCCACGACAACGUGAAGGUUACCACCAGCUGGUUCUUUCACCUUUGCUCUGCAAUCAUGUUCGAGCGGUGGCUUGUGAAGCACGCAAUGGAACUUAAGGCCAAUUCGCGUGGCAUCCUCUUUCACAACCACUUUCACCUCGGACUCGGCUUGGAAGAGCUCGACAUCCCUCCUACCACGGACUUGCUCAUUCCGGCGGAAGCUGAGAUGGUGACUUUCCCACCUGAGGCACCGCCCGUGCAACGCUUCCCAGAGGAGGAGAUUGUCUUGAACCAGCCGAUCCUCAGCUUGGAAAAGCUUGACGAGCUUGAGGGUGUACCGCCCACUGACUAUGUCAAUGAAGUGACGAAAGAGUCAGAGGAGCUCACGGUCGAAGACAUGGUGUCUCGUAACCCGAAUCCGGAGGACGAGCACCUCACCGUGGAAGCGGUUGACCCCGGCUCGGAGAUGGAACAAAUCGUUCGGAAAAUGAUUGAGUCGGUGAACCUGGUGAUGACGGAUAAGGAGGCUGAAGAGGUCGCCCAGGAGACGAGUGUUGCUCCCUACGAGUAUGUUGAGCCGAAUGUCACAGCUACAUCUGUCGUGGAUGGUGAGGCAGUCUCUACGAUUGCUACUUCCGAUAUCCCGACGGAGGUCUGGGACUCUGGUCCGAUGGCUGUGGACUACGGCGCAGACGAUGAUGUGGAGCCUCCCCGCGGAAAUGGUGGACCCAUCUGGCUUACACCGGAUCAGCUGCCUGAUGUCAAGGGUCGCAUGGGAUACUUCCGCCUCAAUGAGAUGGAGUGUGUUUCGUUGGGCAAGAAGCUGUCGUGGCACUUGCGUGGGCAUGCCAAGGACAAGGGAUUCCGCACUGUUGAGUUCGAUGAAGAGCAGUCUGCAGAGAUUGGUGAUGUCUUGAAGAUCAUUGGGAAGCAGUGGUCCCGCCUGACGGUGAUGACCAUCAUUGACCUGUUGACGUCAGAUCACUGUGACAAGGCACGGUUCGAACUCCAGGCGGAAGCCUUGGACGAGGAGACACGAUUGGGCCGGGGAACAAACUGGCACUUUACUCGUGUCCGAGCAUUCCACGGGCACAAUGCCUGCUUGCUCGUCCUCGACAGCGACCCGCUGAAGACCACUGUCAAGCAGUGGGCCCUCGAUGACAAAUGGAUCCCGUCCUAUGUUGAUCUACCGAUCACGGGUCCAUACCCUUUUAGGGCAACGGCCUUCGAUCUGAUGCCAAAGCUGGCGUAUCACGCCACAUACUGGCGAAAUUUCAUGAAGAUCGUCAACACAGGCCUCAUCCCGGGAGGGAAAAUGACCUCGAAGGGCAACAGCGGGAGGCCCUUCAACAUGUUCGCGAUGGAGCCUCAGUGGGAACGCACCUCCAAUCAGGGCGUCCGCCCUGGCGCCCAGCUGGAAAUGAUCUGGGCGAACCGAGCAUACGAACCAGCGCGGAAGCGCUUGGCCCAGGCGUGCAAAGACAAGAGCCUCAACACGCCCAUUUAUGGCGUGCGGGGUCACCAGGAGCUGGUCGAUGCAAACGGCUAUUGCUACAACUACCUCGUGGCAGGCCUUGGGUAUCGCAACUUCGACACCUGGAAGGACGCCGCUAAGGCAUGCAAGGAUGUCUAUGACCUUGAUUUCUACCCAACAAGCAUGUGUGGUCUAGACAUUCGCAUCCCGGAAGGGCAUGCCUUGCAGGGCUCAGAGUCAUUGUACAAAAUGGUGGUUCACGUGGCUCCAAAGCAUCCUCAUCAAAAAUGCAACGAUGAGUCGGAUUGGCGUCGCCAGGAGAAUGUCAGCAUUCCUUCUUUCGCUUGCCCGAGCUGCGAUGUGAGCAUGGCCUUGGAGAACACCCGUGCCAAGCAAGUUGCCGCCCGGAAGGGUGAGCCCCUGGAUUACAGGGCAUUGCAACCGAGCGGGGAGGUCAACUCCAAUCGUGCCACGGGCAACAAGAGGGAUCGGAGUGCUGGCUCUGGCCCAGCAGCUGUUCGUCAGCAGGCCGCUAAGUACCUCGGAAAGGCCUUGAAGGCGGGUUCUCGCACUGUUGUUGAGCGUCAGUCUCGUGAUCCGUUCACGGCCUACAACAAUGCAAGAUUUGGCAUAUCCAUUACGGGGCUGGAGCAACUCAUGAUUUUCGCCCGAAUGAGGAUCGCCAGCCCGCCGAGGUCCCGCCAGAUGAUCCAUGACCGCACUGGCUUUGACGGAGCAGCCAAGGUGAGCUUCUCAUUCCCACCGGAAGGUGAGGACCUGACACUUACGGACCACUGCUUUGUGGCGUUCGUGGACAGGUUCUACAAGCUUGACGAAGCCGCCUUGUUAGCGUUUGCCGUCCAUCGCAACGGCUACGUCAUGGACAUUCUGGGCUUUAGUGGUCGCACAUUGAAGCCGACCGGCCCAGUGGUGCAGAUCUUGGCUAGGAUUGUGGGAUUCUUCCAAGAUGAGGUACGGUAUGCAGUGGAGCGCGGCGAACAAGUGCCUGAGUUGGUUUUGCCUGCCAAUCAGGAACUCCGCGUCCCGGAAGGGCUCGCCUCUCUUGGGGAUAGACAGCUGAACGAGCUUCUCAUCAACACGAAGUUCGCGAGACAGCUUCCCGGCGCCAAGGGCGUCAAUGAGAGGAUCGGGUAUGCCUUCAGAGAAGGGAGGACGGAGAUCAGAGGCAGAUCAGCUCAGCCGGAUUCCAAAGGCGAGGCCAACAACCAGAGCUACCGGCAGUGCACAGCGAGCUGGCUCAGUUCCUCCAAAGCCAAGAGCACGCCCUCGCGACCCUUCCCCGGGAGUGGCAGCUACCCGCCUGCGGCCAACAGAGCCCAGCUAUCCGCCACCCGGAAGGGAUGUGCCAGGAUCGUCAACGGAUGCGCCGAUGCGUCCGCCCGAGCCAAAGGGGCCUCCACCAACGACCUUGGUUGUCGAUUCAAGGGGGCAUCUCGGGACAAGAACGUUCCCAGAGGCAUGGAAGAUCGUGCAGUACUAGCAUUUCAUGAUUUGAAUGACUUCCACCUCCUGGCACCGGAGCACGUGGGCUACUUUCUCUCUGGCUGGAAAGAGACCCAAAACGGGAUCCGCCUGUACUGA